UUCUUUGUCUGCACUAAUAAAAUAAAUUGAGAUGUAAAAGCAACUCCCCAUUUGCUUACUAGCAUAUUCUUUCAUCCAUCCUGUUUUUUCGUUUUAGGAUUUGCGCCAAUUCUGCGAAUAGACAAGGAGAGGAAACCACUUCAGACUAUUGAGAUGCACUCAUUGAUUCAAUGCUCGGACUCCUUUUAAACUGUGUGUAUGCAAUCCCUUCCACAGCAGCAGUGUCUCGAACUCCGAAAUGGUCUGGCAGUCGUGGGCACUCGAGAAAUGACGUCAAUGCAAACUUCUCUGAAAUAGACGCGUUCAAUAUUACUUGCCCCAUAUAAUUGUGAUUACUAUUGAACACUUUUUUUUUUGUCGGUGUGACUUUAAACGAUAGUUUAUUCACCCGAUGACAGUCGUCGCCAAUUGGACACCUAAAUGAUGGACUCAAGAAGAUAGGCUACAUCCAACAACUUUGAAACUUUGAAACAAUAAUUUUGGGAGAUGGCGAGUGACGACCAGGUGGCCAUCUUGACAGAAGACGAGGAGGAUCAGAAGAGGAAGUAUGUCAUGGCAGAACCCUUCAACACCCUGUCCAAAACCUUGGAUCAGAUAGCAGCAGGUGCGGGCCCCACCGCUGCCUCCCAAGGUCCAGCAUCACCCCCGACAGACACACCUGCCACCCCCAGCAAUGAUUGCCUGGAGAGGAACUGCGUGCAGAUCGACAACCACUUACUCAUCUCCAAGGUCUUCUACUUCUUCUUCUAUGCGGCCUAUGGGUCCCUGCACCCAUUGCUGUCUGUCUACUACAAGCAACUGGGCAUGACGCCCAGCCAGAGCGGCCUGCUGGUCGGGAUUCGGUACUUCAUAGAAUUCUGCAGCGCCCCCUUUUGGGGGGUGGUGGCGGACCGCUUCAAGAAGGGCAAGGUGGUGCUGCUGUUCUCCGUCUUCUGCUGGUUGGUGUUCAACAGCGGCAUCGGCUUCAUCAAGCCUGCCUCCAUGACCUGCGUGGAAAGGAAACCUACAGUCGUGUCCCCCACAAGUCCCGCCCAGAUCGGUCCGUCGGCCAAUCACAGCAGGAACCGCAGGGGUGCGAGUGGAGACUUUUUCCCCCUCCCUUUUGUAUCAGACUCAGUUAGCGGUCCCCUGCACAGGUAUGUGAGGAGCGAUGGUGGUAAUAUCACUGGACCCAGUACUGUCACAGGACCUGUGCCUUCCUCCACCAUCUCCACAACAAUGUUGACAUCUUCCCCCUCCACCACCACCACCACCAAAACAAAAACAACAACAACAACAAAAACAGUAGCAACAACAACAGCCGGCUCAAAACCUGCCUCAAAUCUGACCAUGACCAAACCAACCACCACAACCAAAGUCUAUGACAUCAUCUCCAACCACGACCAGGUGCAGACCAUCUUCCUCCUGAUCCUGCUGGUCAUCAUCAUCGGCGAGUUCUUCAGUGCUCCGGCCGUGACCAUCGUGGACACGCGCACCCUGCAGUACCUGGGCCUCCACCGGGACCGCUAUGGUCUGCAGAGGAUGUGGGGCUCUCUGGGCUGGGGCCUGGCAAUGCUGUGCGUGGGCAUCUGGAUCGACCACACCCACAUCAAGCUCUUCAUCCAGGGCACCGGCUGCAUCGUGCCCGACUACAAGAACUACCAGAUAGCCUUUAUUGUCUUUGGAGUCCUGAUGGCCGUUGCUUUUAUAGUGUCUACUCAGUUCUACUUUGAGAGUAGUACUAGUGACCAUCGGCCAAUGGAGGCACAGGUGGAGGAGGAUAAGAGACAGGAUAUGGAAUCUUCUCAAACGUCCAGUGGCGUUUCAUCUCCCGAAGGGCAUACGGUGGAAUCAUUAGAAUCUCAAAGUUCCAUCAGCCAGCGGUUCCUUUAUUGGGACCUCCUUCGGCUGCUGUGCAGUGUGCAAUACGGCUCAGUGCUCUUCGUGGCCUGGUUCAUGGGAUUCGGCUACGGCUUCGUGUUCACUUUCCUCUACUGGCACCUGGAGGACCUGAAGGGGACCACCACGCUUUUUGGAGUCUGCUCGGUGCUGAGCCACAUCUCGGAGCUGGUAGCCUACUUCACCAGCCACAAGCUCAUCGAGCUCAUCGGCCAUAUAAGGGUGCUGUACAUCGGGCUGGCCUGCAACACGGCCCGCUAUCUGUACAUCUCCUACCUGGAGAACGCCUGGGUUGUCCUGCCCAUGGAGGUCCUUCAAGGUGUGACCCAUGCCUCAGUGUGGGCAGCGUGUAUCUCCUACCUGAGUGCUGCUGUGCCUCCAGAGCUGAGGACCUCUGCCCAGGGUAUCCUCCAGGGCCUGCACCUGGGGCUGGGCCGGGGCUGUGGGGCCAUGGUGGGGGGAGUGUUUGUCAACUUCUUUGGAGCAGCCCACACCUUCAGAGGGAUAGGAAUCGCCUCCCUCGUCAUCCUCCUCCUCUUCGCUCUCAUCCAAUGGCUGGCUGUGCAGAGUGGGGAGAAAAAUACCAAAAUGCUGGCGGAGAACAUUCCCGUCCCCUCCAGUCCUGUUCCCAUAGCAACCAUCGAUGUUAUCCAAUCAGAUAACGUCGCCGCAACAACGCCACCACCAAGGAAGACCAAGCACCAGGAGGAGCAGGAGGACAUGAGCAAGCCCGCCUGGGUGGUGUCCGCCUCGCCCUGGGUCUCCCUGGCCUUCGCCCUGCACCAGAUCAGAGAGAUCGCUGUCCUGGCCAGGAGCAGCCCUGCCAACAACCAUCAGCCGCUCGAGGAGAUCAAUGAGAUCAGCACAGAUGAACCAACAGAGGAAACCUCCCAGUCCUCAUCUCAAGACCCCCCCAGCAGGUCCCCACAGACGGGACCCCCCCUACCUGACCAGGAUCACCCUAUGCCUGCUGACCAACCACCCCUCCCCACUGGCCACACACAGUAAAGGGGGAGCACAUUGCACAUUUUGAGGAACUGUCCCAAAAUGUUUUCCAAGCAACACCACCAACCGACAGAGUCAAGGGCUGGCGGAAGUCCAGUUAUUAAAAGAGUGAAGAGUAUGGUUUUACAGACUGGACAGAAGAAAAAUACAGGCCAAAAUGAGAGGUUAUAUUUGUCCUCUUAGCAGAGGACUUAACCAGUGCCUUUAGGGAUAUGAGGAAAAGCUCUUGCCUUGAAGUAGCUACUGUUGCACUUUCAAAUGGAUGUAAAAAUGUUAAGUUAUUUUUUUAAACUUGGAAAUCUGGAUAUUAGGUUUGAUUGAAUAGGGUUCUAUUUGUCUCAAUGGCCCUCAAACUGAUCAAGUGCCUGAGCCUCGUCAUAGGUUGGUGAUUCACACUCAUGCAGAAGUGACACACUCAAUCUAAAUAGCUAUGUGUGUAAUGGCUGCUUACAUAGAGUUUAGGGGCACGUUCAAUAGGAAAACGUUGUGGAAUGUUGCAGAUAGAAAUGUUAUGAUUGGAACUGACAGAAAGUCAGAGAGACAUGUUUGUUCUACAUACUAGGCUAUAUCUGGAACAAGUUGCUCUCCUGAAUGUGGCCCUGCUAUUACAUGUAAAUGUUUACUGUGUCGAGUCUGACUAUCAACCACUGAUGCCGUGGGAAAAAUACUUAUUUCAAAAAGGUUUAUGAAGUGAUCGUGUCAGAUAUGAUAUCCACCAGGCUUUCAGGGUCUGUAAUGUCUAUUUAACUAUUACUCCAUUAGUUAUGGAGAUCUCCCCUCUGUGAAUGUAUUUUCACAUGCAUAUUUGUCUAAUGCCUGGCCAAAAUUUCACAAACAUAAAAUAUUGAACCAGUCUUAUUUAGACAGAAAUUGCAAAUAUGUCAAACUGCUUUACUCCAGGACUAUCUAAAACUGUUCAGACGUUGUAAUGACCUGACCAUUUUACAUGACAUGGCUUGUCUGCUAUGUAGCCUAAGCCUAUUUAUUUUAAAUCAGGCAAGCUUUACUA